CGCAACAUUUGUUGCCUGUCUACAUAGAAUUUUUAUACAACUCUUUAGUACAUAUCUUUUUACGCAUAUAUUCACAAAUCCGUGGCCAGUCGAAUGGAGGAGGCUCAAGUGGAUAAACGAAUUCGAUUGCAGGACUUGCCGGCUGAGGUGCUGCAUAUGGUCAUGGGCCAUUUGGACCUAUAUCACCACAAGUUGCUGCGGGAAACUUCGGAGGAACUGAAGCAAAUCAGCACGGCGUACAUAUUGCAUCAUCACAAGGCCUACGAGGUGGCCCAUUCGGAAGGAACCUCGGAGAAGGAGCAGAGUAGCGCGAAAAGGAUCAUGCUGCAGGUCCUGCGCACGACAAUUAGCUACUUUUCCGACGAAGACAGUGAAUCCGACGUAGCCAUCAGUCUGCUGCACUUCCACUCUAAGGAGGCUGUUUUUUAUAACGAAGCUGACCAUCUGGGCAAGUUCCUUGCCCAUUUCCUGUUCCUCAAUGAGCGAACGUUCAACGUAUUCAGUGCUGAGAGACUGAAGCUUAAGCGCCUCCAUUACACAAUGGCAAUUUUCGGCCUAUUGCGACAAUUUCGAAAUUUUAGAAUCCUGGGAUUCGGUAAGACCAUUUGGCACUGGAACGUGGAGGUCGAAUUGAGCAACACAUUCAUCGGUGUCAUUGGAGAGGCAAAGGCCAGCUUCAAUACUGUGGAGUCCCAACGACGCAUCUACUUCAUUUCCAUUCUGGCCGAGCUGCUCUUCCACGAGAAGAGCAAUCAGAACUAUGGUGGACAGAGGGGCUUGGAAGGCACUUUGUACACCUACAGUAUUCAGCCAAAUUCAAAAGCCAAGCGCACUCCUCGAAUGUUUAUAAAGUUUAUAGUGGAAGGUCCGCAGUUUCUAAUUGAUUACCUGAAGGACCUAAUUAGCGGAGACGAAGAUCCUCACAAUUCGUUCGACUUGCCACCAGGAACGGACUUUGCCAUUCGAGUUGAGACCAGGUGCUUUAAAGGACCCAAAUUUGUAUAUUUGGGAAAUCUGAACUUUAAUGUGUUGAGAUGGAGCGAACUAGUCGAUUGAAGAUGUAUGUGGACGAAAAUGCUAAACAAAUUAACGAUCAUGUAACAUUUAAUUUGAAUACAAGAUAUUUGACGUUUUAUAU